AUGAUGGAGCCUGCUGAACUUCCUGAAAGUGUCAGUGCUAUUGAUACUUUCUUGAAAAAGCUUCAAGCUUAUCUCGACAAGCAGAAGGAUAUGGUCCUCAAAGAGGAAUGCAUAGCCUCCUUCGAUGAUUUUCCGAGGAUACUAAAUUCAGAUAAAAACGAGAAAUGGAGAUCCAGACUGCGUUCCGCAAUCUUGCUCGAGUCACUCGAUGUGAUUGGCAUGAACGCUGCUCUCAGAGAAGAGUUAUUAGAGGUUACGAUGGCUAUUGCGAAAAUCGAUGUCGAAAGUCCCAAUACCAGCCUUACUUUCAAACGAGACUAUGAGAUCGUAAACCAUUAUUUUCAAAAAUUACGAUCACAGUUGAACUAUCUGAAUAACCGAACGAUGAGUACGGACAUACCUCAGAUGUCGUUCGAAGAAGUUCAAGCUUUAGAACGUUUCAGAAACGAUUUGAUAGUUUCUCAGUGA